AUGGAGUUGAUUUUUCAAUCCGACUCUCUUGUCUCUCAGAGUGGCAAACAGGGCUCAGCCGUUGGAUCCAGCCUAUAUGGCGAUAAAUACGUCCCAUCUGAAGCAUUUUAUUCUGCUUCUGCUGCAUUUUAUUCAGCAGGUGCUCUACGGGCCGAGCAGGUGCUGCAUAAGGCUCCCGGUAUUCAAGGAUAUCUGCCCUGGCCUAUAGUAAUUCUUUUCAACAUUGAUCCGUUCAUGUUUUCUGUGAUCAUGGAUCUGCCAGACCCCGAUAUGACAGAUGGGCAGAGUGCUAGUCAGGCAGCUCCAGUGGGUAGUACAGCCCCAGUGGUUGGUUCUGACACACUUUUGCAGUUUGCUACAUUGAUUGCUCAGAUGAUGAGCGAGACUCAGAGUAGAGCCUCUACUGUCCGAUCUGAAGAUAUGGACAAACAUCUGUUUGAGGGCACUGUUGAGCCCAGAGCAGCUGAAGAAUGGUUGAGGAGGUUAGAAAAGACUUUUGAUGGUAUGCAGUGUCCGUCGGACAGGAAGGUACCGUUGGCAGCUUUUCUGUUGGAUGGGGAAGCAGAACACUGGUGGAUAAGCCAGCAAGAGGCAAAAUUUCAGGGGAAGCAAAAUUCUUUAAUAACUUGGGAAGAAUUUUCUGAAGAAUUUCGAUCGUGGUUUGUACCUCCUUCUGCACGACAGCAGAUGCAGGAGACUUUUCUGAGGCUUGUUCAGGGGAGCAGAACUGUGAUGAAGAGAUUUGGAAGUGAUACUUUGAGCAGUGGUUCCUCUGGCAAGAGGAGAUUUAUUUCUGGAGAUUCCAGGAGGAGUGGACAGUCGGGAUCCACUACAGUUUCUGGUACUGCGGCUACCGGUACAACCAGUUCGGGAUCAUGCUUCCGGACGACUGGUCAGUACUUUAAAUGUGGUCAGCAAGGACAUCAGAUUGCAGAGUGUCCACAAGCUGGAUUUGAUCGACGAUCUGAGUUCCGAUCCGAGGGCUUUGUUAGACAUGCCUAUUCAGCAGGAAGACCGAGGACUGUUCCUCCACACCCUGUGACUGAGGGAUUUUCUGGUAGAAGUGGUGGUUCGAGUUCUGCACCACGGAGACCACCUACUGAGGCUCGAGAUGAUCCAGAUGUGGUGACAGGUACGAUUUAUAUUUCUGAUCAACCCUAUCGUGUUUUGUUUGAUUCUGGAGCCAGUCAUUCAUUUUUGUCCGAGCGUUGUUUUGAUGCUUUGCAUCUGGAUUCUGUUUUGCUACCGAUUUCUCUUUCUGUUAUUUUGCCGGCUGAAAGUAAUUUGAUAGCCCGGAAGUUUUGUUUUUGUGAGAUUGAUAUUGCUGGCAAAAAGUGGAAAUCGAGUUUGAUUUUAUUGCUGAUUUCUUCUUACGACGUGAUUUUGGGCAUGGAUUGGUUGAGUCUGUAUGAGGCUCAGAUUGAUUAUUUGAAGAAGCAAAAGAAGGGUUGUCCAGUAUUUUUGGCUUCUGUACGGGAUAUGAACCUGGAUGUUGGUUCUAUUUCUGAUAUCCCAGUGGUACGAGAGUUUGCUGAUGUAUUUCCUGAGGAGUUGGUUGGUUUACCUCUGGAUUUAGAUGUGGAGUUCUCUAUUGAUGUUUUUUCGGGUACAGCUCCGAUAUCGAAAGCUCCGUACAGGAUGGCACCUAAGGAACUUUCUGAGUUAAAAGUUCAACUCUAA